UUAAAGGUGGAGUACGAGCAGCGCGGCCCAGGGUUAAAGGUGGAGUACGAGCAGCGCGGCCCAGGGUUAAAGGUGGAGUACGGGGAGCGCGAGGGGGACCCAGCGGUGAGGACAGAGCGCUGGGAGCCUCCUGAUUGGAGGAUCCAGCUGGCCCACAUCCGUGAGAUGAGGAGGAGCCGAGACGCGCCCGUAGAUCACAUGGGGGCGGAAACAUGCUACGAACCAGGGGCCCCCGCCCCGGUGAGGCGUUUCCAGGUGCUAGUGUCCCUGAUGCUCUCCAGCCAGACUCGGGACGAGGUGACGGCUGCGGCCAUGGCGCGGCUGCGGGCACACGGCUGCACGGUGGACGGCAUCCUGAGCACCGACCAUGAGGCGCUCGGGAGGCUCCUCCACCCGGUGGGCUUCUGGAGGACCAAGGCUGGGUAUCUGCGGAGGACCUGCCUGGUGCUGCAGCAGCAGUUCUGCGGGGACAUCCCGGACAGCGUGGAGGGGCUGGUGGGGCUGCCCGGCGUGGGGCCCAAGAUGGCCCACCUGGCCAUGAGCAUCGCCUGGGGCCGCGUGACGGGGAUAGGUGUGGACACACACGUCCACCGUGUCUCCAACAGGCUGGGCUGGCUGAGGACCGCCUCCCGGACCGCAGAGCAGACGCGCUCCGCCCUGGAGGACUGGUUACCUAGGGCGUUGUGGGGGGAGGUCAACUGGCUCCUCGUGGGCUUCGGCCAGCAGAAGUGUCGCCCGCUCAGACCGCUCUGCUCCGAGUGUCUGAACCAGAGCUGCUGCCCUUCUGCACACCAGCCCCCCCCCAACCAGAGGACCAAGACCCCCAAGACCCCCCCCGCCAAGAGGACCACAGGACCAAGACCCCCAAGACCCCCCCCCGCCAAGAGGACCAAGACCCCCCCCGCCAAGAGGACCAAGACCCCCCCCACCAAGAGGACCAAGACCCCCCCCACCAAGUGGACCAAGACCCCCCCCACCAAGAGGCUCCAGGCUGGACCAACACCCUCCAGGACCUCUCCUGACCUGCUCCCCCCUGCCAGCUCCAUGGUGAAGACGGAGGCUGAACAGGAAGAGGAUGAGAAGGAACCGCCCCCACCUUCAGCCUCCUGUCCACCCAGGAGGCUGAAGGGGACGAAGGUGCUCUGA